GAAAGAAAGAAGGAAAGAAAGAAAGAAAGAAAGAAAGGAAAGAAAGGAAAGAAAGAAAGAAAGGGAAACAUCUUGUGUCAUUCCAGCAAACCUGCACAGUUCUGCUCCACUCUCUGUGGUCCAGGAUAGAAGAAAGGGAAGACACAGCACAGCCUGGCUGCGAGUAUCCAUCCAGGGAUUCUCUUGUGCUUGUGUCUGGCGUGUGAUGUUUGGAUGGUUUAAGUUACUGAGGAGAGCCUGAGAGUUGUGGCUGUUGUUGUGGCAUCAUGUUGAGGUGUGUGCUUCAGAGGGCCACACACCUAGAGAGAGGGGACAGGCACAGCGACCCCCUGGCUAGCAUCACUUUCAGAGGGACGAAGAAGAAGACCAAAGUUGUCAAAAACAAUGUUAACCCAGUAUGGAAUGAGGGCUUUGAGUGGGACCUGAAAGGAGUGCCAUUAGACUCUGGUGCACAGAUCCAUGUGGUGGUCAAAGACCAUGAGAAAAUGGGCAGGAACAGGUUCCUGGGCGAAUGCCGAGUCUCUCUUCGAGAUGUCCUCAACUCCCCCAACCUGGCAGCAACCUUCACCGUGUCCUUAGUAGACACCAAAAAGAACAACACAGGGGCUACAGUGACCCUGCAGGUCUCCUACAUUCCUCCUCCUGGAAUGGCCCCGAUCUUUCAGCCUCCUCCCCAACCAGAGGCCGUGCACACGCCCGUAGAACUGGACACUGUGACAGUCUUCUCGUUGGACACCAUGGGCGAGGAUGACACGGAGAGCAUGCUGAUGAUGGAGACGGUGGAGGAGCCGGAGCCCAUGCCAGGCACCCCGGGGCCCCAGGAGCCAGGAGUGCCCACCGCCCCGCCCAAAAAAGCCCCCCCAAACUUCAACCCCAGUCUGAAGAAGAAGAAGCGCCAUAGCACGAGCAAAGCACCCCUACCAAAUAAACCCCAGGACCUGCAGGUACGGGUACGAAUUAUUGAGGGUCGACAGCUGCCAGGUGUCAACAUCAAACCUGUUGUGAAGGUCACUGUUGGUGGACAGACAAAGAGGACUCGUAUACGGAAAGGCAACAACCCGUUCUUUGAUGAGACGUUCUUCUUGAACUUCUAUGAAACACCAUCAGACCUGUUUGAUGAACCUAUAUUCAUCACAGUGCUGGACUCCAAGUCUUUGCGGACAGAUUCUGUGAUUGGUGAAUUCAAGAUGGAUGUGGGCAUGGUGUAUCACGAACACAGACAUGCAUUCCUCAGGAAGUGGCUGCUGCUCUCUGACCCCGAUGACCUCUCGGCAGGUGCCAGGGGUUACCUGAAAGUCAGUCUGUUUGUGCUGGCUGCUGGCGAUGAACCACCAAUGGAUAGAAAAGAGGGUGUUGAGGAGAAGGAGGACAUUGAGGGGGGGAAUCUGCCCCUCUUGGAUGAUGCCUUCAUGGAUGGCAUGAAACAGAUUCUAGGAUUUGAUUCUAACAGGAAAAACCUGGUUGAUCCUCUUGUGGAGGUCAACUUUGCUGGGAAAACGAUCUGCAGUAAGAUCCUGGAGAAGAACGCCAAUCCACAGUGGAAUCAGAGCUUGACUCUCCCUGUUCGGUUUCCUUCUAUGUGUGAGAAGAUGAGGAUCCGUGUUUUAGACUGGGAUCGAGCUAGUCACAACGACGUGAUUGGAACAUUAAACCUGUGCAUGUCUAAGAUCUCAGCCCCGGGAGGAGAGAUAGAAGUGGACGACAGUGUGGGUUUCCUGCCAACGUUUGGACCCUGUUAUGUCAACAUGUACGGGAGUCUUCGUGAGUUCAGUGUCCUCACUGACCCCAAUGAGGUCCUCAACCUGGGCAAGGGUGAAGGAGUGGCGUACCGUGGCCGUGUGCUAGUGGAGCUCAGCACCAAGCUGGUGGACCGGGGGGAGCAUCGGGUGGAGGACAUCCCCUUUGAUGAUCUUCUGGUGGUGGAGAAGUUCAUGCGGAAGAGGAAGUACUCCCUCUUCGCAUCGUUCUAUUCCGCCACUCUCCUGCAGGAUGUGGAUGACGCUAUUCAGUUCGAGGUCAGCAUUGGUAACUACGGCAACAAGUUUGACCACACCUGCCUUCCUUUGGCCUCUACCACCGGGUUCAGCAGGGCUGUGUUCGACGGCUGUCAUUACUACUAUUUGCCGUGGGGAAACGUGAAGCCUGUGGUGGUCCUGUCCUCAGAGUGGGAGGACAUCAGCCCACGCAUUGAGGCUCUUAACAUGCUGCUUAGUACUGCUGAACGUGUGGAGUCCAACCUGCAGCAGGUGCAGCUGGAGCUGAAAGCAGGAAAUGAUCUGGAGGACGUGGAAGCAAAGCUGGUCCAACUCCUGGACGAUGUCAUUGCAGAUUGCAGUGAAGAGCUGCCGGAGAUCGAUGACUGGCCAUGUGUGACCGCACUGGACAGAUCCCUGAGAAACCUGCGCAAGGUGAACCUGCAGCAGAUCGUGGAGGCGGCGCUGUCACUCAAACACGGAGCGGCCACGGACGUGAGCAUGGUACUGGACCUAGCUGAGGACUGGGCCCUGAGAUUGCGCAGCUUGGCAGAAGAGCCCCAAAACAGCCUGCCAGACAUCGUGAUCUGGAUGCUCCAGGGGGACCGGCGGGUGGCGUACCACCGCAUCCCUGCUCACCAGGUGCUCUUCUCCCAGGGCUACUGUGGGAAACACUGUGGCCAGCUCCAGACCGUCCUCAUGAAGUACCCACAGGACGUAGAGGGCGGUGCUAAGAUCCCGGCGCAGCUUCGAGUGAAGGUUUGGUUUGGUUUGGCGGCAGACGUGAAAAACUUCAACCAGUUCGCCGAAGGGAAACUGUCGGUGUUUGCCGAGACGUAUGAGAACCAGACCAAGCUGGCGCUGGUGGGGAACUGGUGCACCACAGGGCUCUCCUACCCAAAGUUCAGCGACGUGACCGGCAGAGUCAAGCUCCCAAAGGAGACCUUCAAACCCUCACCAGGCUGGAACUGGGGUGGAGACUGGUUCAUCAGCCCAGAGAAAACGUUGCUGUAUGACACUGACGCAGGACACAUGAGUUUUGUGGAAGAGGUUUUUGAGAACCAGAUGCGGUUGCCAGGGGGACAGUGGAUUGGAAUGCCAGAAGGAUUCACUGAUGUGAAUGGGGAGAAGGCCAUUCCUAAAGAGGAGAUCGAGUGUCCGCCAGGUUGGGUGUGGGAGGACGUGGAGUGGAGUGAGGACCUGAACCGUGCUGUGGACGACCAAGGGUGGGAGUACGGCAUCACCAUUCCCCCCGACCGCCGGCCCAAGGCUUGGGUCCCAGCGGAGAAGAUGUACCACACCAACCGCAGGAGGCGCUGGGUCCGCCUGAGGAGGAGGGAUCUGCAGAAGAUGGAGGCCCUGAGAAAGCAGCGUCCAGAUGAGUCAGACCUGGAGGGCUGGGAGUACGCGUCUCUGUUUGGCUGGAAGUUCCACCUAAAGCCGCGCAAGACCGACUCGUUCCGCCGCCGCCGCUGGCGCCGCCGCAUGGAGCCGCUGGAGAAGACGGGACCGGCGGCCAUCUUUGCCCUCGAGGGCUCACUGGGGAGCGUGACAGAAGAUAGAAACGAUGACAAGUCUGUUACUACAACCUUUGGUGUCAACCGUCCGACCAUAUCUUGCUUUUUUGACAGUGGAGCUCGCUAUCACCUUCGCUGUUACCUGUAUCAGGCAAGAGAUCUGAUCGCCAUGGAUAAGGACAGCUUCUCAGAUCCCUAUGCGAUUGUGUCCUUCUUGCAUCAAAGCCAAAAGACCGUAACGGUGAAGAACACACUCAAUCCUACCUGGGACCAGACGCUCAUCUUCUACGAGGUGGAGAUCUUUGGAGACUGUGACAUCACUGACAAGAACCCCCCCAACAUUGUGGUCGAGCUGUAUGACCAGGACACCUAUGGGGCAGAUGAGUUUAUGGGCCGCUGCGUGUGCCAGCCCUCCAUGGUGGCCUCUCCUCCUUGUCUGGCCUGGUUCCCCGUCCAGAGGAGCGGAAAGCCGGCUGGAGAGCUGCUCGCUGCCUUCGAGCUCAUCCGCAGGGAGAAGGCCUCAAUUCAUCACAUCCCUGGUCAGGAGGGUGACAUAAUGCCUCCUGCCCAUAUCAUGGACGAGCUUAUUCUCCCAGGAUUCCUCUCUGAAAACCAGCAGCAAUGGCCAGAGGAGUCCGACCUGCCCUACCCACCCCCUCAGAGAGAGCCCAAUGUGUUCAUGGUUCCACAGGGCAUCCGGCCGGUUCUCCAGCGCACUGCAAUAGAGAUCUUGGCAUGGGGAUUGCGUAACCUGAAGAGUUUUCAGAUGGCCAGCGUGACCUCCCCGAGUCUGCAGGUGGAGUGCGGUGGCCGCAUGGUGCAGUCCUGUGUCAUCCGCAACACCAAGAAGAACCCCAACUUCGAUGUCAACACGCUCUUCAUCGAUGUGCGGCUGCCACAAGAGGAGCUGUACAUGCCGCCUUUGGUCAUCAAAGUGAUCGACAACAGGCAGUUUGGCAGGAAGCCGGUGGUGGGCCAGUGCACCAUCCGCUACCUGGAGGAGUUCCGCUGCCAGGAAGAGGACCUGGAGAGAGACCCCACAGAGGAUGACAUAGGAGCGAUGGCACCAACCCCCCGGGAUGACAUCCUGAUUGACAUUGACGACAAAGAGCCACUCAUACCUGGACAGGAGGAUGAGUUCAUGGACUGGUGGAGCAAGUUCUACGCCUCGACGGGAGAGAGGAACAAGUGUGGGACCUACCUGGAGAAAGGCCUCGACACACUGCAGAUCUAUGACAGAGAGCUGGAGAGAGUGGAUGGUUUCGAGAAGCUGGCAGACUUCUGCCAGACCUUCAAGCUGUAUCGUGGUCGAACUCAGGACGAGAGCGAGGAUCCAUCUGUUGUGGGAGAAUUUAAAGGCAUGUUUAAGAUCUACCCACUGCCUGAUGACCCGUCCACCCCCAUGCCCCCACGCCAGUUCAGCCUUCUGCCCCCUAAUGGCACCGCCGAGUGCCUGGUGCGAGUUUACAUCAUCCAGGCCAGUGGCCUACAGCCUAAAGACACCAAUGGCAAGUGUGACCCCUAUGUGAAGAUAACGAUGGGGAAGAAGACCAUCAGUGACCAGGACCACUACAUCCCCUGCACUCUGGACCCUGUGUUUGGCAGGAUGUUCGAGCUCAGCUGCACGCUCCCUCUGGAGAAGGACCUCAAGAUCGUGCUGUAUGACUACGACAUGCUGACGAAGGAUGAAAAGAUCGGCGAGACCGUCAUUGACCUUGAGAACCGGUUCUUGUCACGCUACGGAGGCCGGUGCGGUCUCCAGCAGUCUUACUGCGUGUCAGGUGUGAACCAAUGGCGUGACCAGCUCAAGCCCACCCUGCUCCUGCAGCGGCUCUGCGAGAGGAGGAGCUACCGGCCGCCGGUCUACAAGCCCGACAGCGUCCACUUUAGGGGUCUGGAGAUACGACGGGCAGCCCGCGAGGCCCUGACGCCAAACCCUCACUUGGGCCCUCUGCAGGAGCGUCUGGCCCUCCUCAUCCUUCGCCGGCAGGGGCUGGUGCCCGAGCACGUGGAGACUCGUCGCCUCUACAGUCCCUUGCAACCGGACAUCGAGCAGGGGAGGUUGCAGAUGUGGGUUGACAUAUUUCCCAAGUCCUUUGGGCCGCCAGGACCUCCCUUCAACAUCACACCUCGCAAGGCCAAGAAGUUCUUCCUUCGCUGUGUCAUAUGGAACACCAGUGAUGUCAUCCUUGAUGACGUCAGCCUUAGUGGGGAGAAGAUGAGCGACAUCUAUGUAAAGGGCUGGUUGCAUGGACACGAGGGGAACAAGCAGAAGACCGACGUGCACUACCGCUCCUUGGGCGGCGAGGGCAACUUCAACUGGAGGUUCCUCUUCCCGUUCCACUACCUGCCCGCAGAACAGCUCUGCGUUGUGGACAGGAAGGAACACUUCUGGAGUUUGGACAAGGCCGAGGCCAAGCUUCCCCCCAAGAUCACCAUCCAGAUUUGGGACAAUGACAAGUUCUCCUUCGACGACUAUCUUGGUUGUUUAGACAUGGAUCUGAAUCACAUGCUGCGGCCUGCCAAGUCUGCUGAGAAGUGCACUCUAGAUCUGCUGCACCAGGUCCCAGAGAAGCUCGUCUCCCUCUUCGAGCAGAAGACCGUGAAGGGCUGGUGGCCCUGUGUGUGUGACAGCAACGGGGAGAAAGUCCUUGCCGGAAAAGUGGAGAUGUCGCUGGAGAUUGUGUCGGAGCAUGAGCAGGAGGAGAGGCCUGCUGGGCAGGGCAGGGACGAGCCCAACAUGAACCCCCACCUGGAGGACCCCCAGCGUCCGGAUACUUCGUUCCUGUGGUUCUCCUCUCCGUACAAGACCAUGAAGUACAUCAUAUGGAGGCGGUUCAAGUGGCUCAUUCUUCUCUUUGUCAUUCUCUUCUUCAUCCUUCUCUUCGCUGGAGUCUUCCUCUAUUCCUUCCCGAACUAUGCGGCUAUGAAGCUGGUGUCCCCCUUUGGAGGAGGGCCGAAGGGGACUCAGUGAUGAGCUAUGUGCAGGGCUGGGGGGCAGUUUGGGGCAGUUGGGGGGUGUAGAUGCACUACUGAUCAUGGGUGGGACAAGAAAUAAUGUGGCUCUGUGGAUCGUGACACUGUAUAUCAAGAUCCAUUCACUGGCACCAAAUAACAGUAUUUUCAAUUUCCUGACUGUUACCAUUUUCACUAUGCAAUGACUUUUGUUUAUUUAAAUUACACCAUUUACCAUUUACAGACACGCACCUUUGCCAGGAAGAAAUCUUGAACUAAUCCCAGUUUUAUUUAUGAAUCAUUUGUGGUAUAAUACCAUCAUGCAACUUAGCCAACUGUCUCAGAAAAUUUAGCAUAUCGCAGAAUUAGCUGCACUGUCAUACCAUUAUUAGCCUUAAAACAUAACAAUAUAGACCUCUGUUCGCCUACAAAAAGGAACCAAAGCUGCCAUCUUUGCCCAUAUUGGGAGAUCCGGGUGUUAAUUGAAGCUAACUACCUAUGGCAAGUUGCAUUGCAAGUUAGCAAUAAUCAAAGUGUGCCGUCUUAACUUACCAAAGAUCACAGUAUCCACUAGAAGGCAGAGGACAAAAGUGUGUAGAGCAAAACAUCUGCAUUUCCGAUUUCUUCGUCCCCACGAGAGUUUAACAGGUGUGAUAAUUCAAAAUCCCCAUGUUCUCAA